UCUGUUUUUCUGGAAGUGAAAGUGUUUCCCUUUCAGCUGCGACACCGUUUUGUUGUUGUUGGAAAAACAAUAAUACAAACUCCAACUCCAGGCAGAACCGGUGAGAUUAAUGAAGCCCAGCAUGGAGUGCUGAGUAAAAGAGUUUAAUUCAUUCACUCCAAGAGGUCAGCAUCUUCAGGAAUCAGCAGUGAGUCCAUGAGCUGUGUGUCCAUACACUAAUAUUCAAAAAUGGAGAGCUGUGAUGAGGACACAGAUAAUGUGCCUCCAGCCUCAAAAAAGUGUAAAAUCCAGAUGAAAAGAUCAGACUCACCAGAACCCAGCUGUGUCUCCAUGAAGAGUGAUGCAUCUAUGGAUCGUCUUUUGAACUUGAAAAAUAGAGACUCCUCAUCUGUCCACAGUAAACUCCAGAUGAUGAGAUCAGACUCACCAGAACCCAGCUGUGUCUCCAUGAAGAGUGAUGCGUCUAUGGAUCGUCCUUUGCACUUUAACAGUGGAAACCCCUCAUCUGUCCACAGUGUUUUACAGAAGGCAGGAGACAGAAGAGAAAAGAUCUUCAUCACAGAUACAGGACACGCCCCAGAAUCUGCUGCUGGAAAUGAAGUCCAGAAAAAGUUCAAAUUAAAUCUGAUGAAGUUUCAGUGUUUAAAUGAAGUGAUGAUAAAGCAGGAAAACCGAGUGCUCCUGAAUGAGAUCUACACAGAGCUCUACAUCACAGAGGGAGACAGUGGAGACAUCAAUAAAGAACAUGAGGUGAGACAGAUCGAGGCAGCGUCCAGGAGAAAAACAACAGAGGAAACACCAAUCAAAUGCAACGACAUCUUUAAGCCCUUAUCUGAAGAAGAUGAACCCAUCAGAACUGUAGUGACAAAGGGAGUGGCUGGUAUCGGCAAAACAGUCUCUGUGCAGAAGUUCAUUGUGGACUGGGCUGAAGGGAAAGCAAAUCAGGACGUCCCCCUCAUAUUUCCACUUCCUUUCAGAGAGCUGAAUCUGAUGGAGGACCAAAAACUGAGUCUGAUGGAGCUCCUUCAUGUCUGUUUCAAGGAAACCAAAGAAACAGAAAUGUCCAGGUUGGAAAAGGUUCUGUUCAUUUUUGAUGGAUUGGACGAGUGUCGUUUCCCUCUGGAUUUCCAGAACACAGUGAGUGUGUGUGAUGUAACUGAAUCAGCAUCAGUGCAUGUGCUGCUGAUAAACCUGAUCAAAGGGAAUCUGCUUCCCUCUGCUCUCAUCUGGAUCACCUCCCGACCAGCAGCAGCUGAUCAAAUCCCCUCUGAGUUUGUCCAUCGAGUCACAGAGGUACGAGGGUUCAAUGACCCUCAGAAGGAGGAGUACUUCAGGAAGAGGGUCGGUGAUCAGAGCCUGGCCAAGAACAUCAUCACACACCUGAAGUCAUUAAGAAGCCUCUACAUCAUGUGUCACAUCCCAGUCUUCUGCUGGAUUUCAGCCGCUGUUCUAGAGAGAAUGUUGGGUGAAGCAGAGAGUGGUGAGAUCCCCAAGACUCUGACUCAAAUGUACACACACUUCCUCAUCAUUCAGACAAACAUCAUCAGAGGAAAGUACUCAAAGAAGCAGGAGAGUGAUGAAGAAAUGCUUCUCAAACUGGGAAAACUGGCUUUUCAGCAGCUGGAGAAAGGCAACCUGAUCUUCUAUGAGGAAGACCUGAGAGAGUGUGGCAUUGAUGUGACAGAAGCAGCAGUGUACUCAGGUGUGUGUACGCAGAUCUUCAGAGAGGAGGUUGGGCUUCACCAGAGUAAAGUUUACUGCUUUGUUCAUCUGAGCGUUCAGGAGCAUCUCGCAGCUCUAUAUGUGCAUCUGACCUUCAUGAAGGAAAAGAGAAAUGUUCUUGAUCACAGUCGGUCCAAGACAAUUUCAGAUGUACACAGGAGUGCUGUAGAUCAGACCUUAAAAAGUCAGACUGGACAUCUGGAUCUGUUCCUCCGCUUUCUUUUGGGUCUCUCACUGGAGUCCAAUCAGAAACUCUUACAUGCCUUAGUAACACAGACAGGAAGUAGCUCCCAGAACAAAGAGGAAACAGUUCAGUACAUUAAGAAGAUGAUCAGUCAAAAUCUUCCUGCAGAAAAAUCCAUCAAUCUGUUCCACUGUCUGAAUGAACUGGGUGACGAUUCUCUCGUGGAGGAAAUCCAACGCUACCUGAAAUCUGGAAAACAAAGUGAACUCUCUCCUUCACAGUGGUCUGCUCUGGUGUUUGUGUUACUGACUUCAGCACAGGAGCUGGAGGAGUUUGACCUGAGUAAAUAUACCAGGACCGAGAAGAUACCAGAGUGGGUUCUUGUGAAGGUGAUGCCUGUGAUUGCAGCAUCCAGAAAAGCAAUGUCAGACAGGGAGAGACAACACACAGAGUGUAAAGGUAGAACAUGUCCAGUCUGUAAAUCACUGGCACCAGGAACAAAUAAGGAGCACCUGGGAACACACACACUCUCUCUCACACACACACUCACUCACACACACACUUUUUUUUUUUUUUUUCUCUCUCUCUGUGUGUUAGCCAAGUAGCUCAUCAUGAGUAUCUCCAUAAAACCCCUUCAGCACUGGGCUGUGAUCAUUUCAGUCGCUCACUAAUUAGAGAACAAAUCAAAUGUCUGAUCUGUUCAGAUAAAUAUGAUUCUGCCUCAAACUCUGCCUGCUUCAUCUAAACCUGACUUUUGAAACUCUUUUUUUCCUUUCUCCUCGAAUAAAUAUUUUAGAUCAGACUCUUAUUUCCCGAUUUGGUGAUCAGAUUUGAUGUUGCGUGUUUAUCCCAUGUGUCAGUGAUAACGUGUGCAGCAGAAAACUCAAAUCCGAACAGCCCGAACUGUGAAUUACUGUUACAGCAUUUCAGUGUGUUGUCGACUUGGAGUUUGUACUUUUGUCAUUUAUGAAAAUAAAAUGGUGCAGUGAAAGAUUUGAGGACCUGUUUGAUCA